GUUGCGUUUGUUGUCGCGCGAAAUUGAGUUAGGUUGUGGCUCGGAUCUUUUGUAUUGUUAUGCAAGGGGAACCUUCACCGUCAGCAGGAGUGACUGCGGUGCUUCAAGGAGACAUCACACAGCCAAAUUCGAAGAGGCCAUUCUGCAUCAUGUUGAAGAUAACUUGCCAACACAUAUACGAGCAAUUGAACAUACCAUCUGCUGAUGUUUCGUAAGCUGCUUACUUUGGUAAUAGUACAGAGAGACAGAGAAAUUCUGUUAGGAUUAAAGAAGAGAGGAUUUGGAAAAGGGAAGUGGAAUGGCUUUGGAGGGAAAGUUGAACCUGGUGAAACAAUACAGUGUGCUGCUGCAAGAGAAUUGCAAGAAGAAAGUGGAUUGACAGCAAUAGAUUUGGAACAUGUAGGAGUAAUAGAGUUUGAAUUUGUGGGUGACAUGACAAUUCUAGAGGUACAUGUGUUUAAAACCCAUAAAUGGUCAGGAAAUGUCUCAGAAUCAGAUGUACUUCAUGAAGAAAAUAGUGAAGCAGUCCCUGGCCGAUUGUGGGUACCAUCUACAAUUCCUAUUUGGAGAUACUGUGUUAAGUUUCAUUUGCAUGAAACAUGCAAGUCUUGGUCAAGGAGAGAGCUAGAAAAUAAUGUUGACAAAUGCACUACCAUAUUCUCUGAUGAGCGGUGUCAGACUGACUGCUGCCAGCACUUUACAUUUCAUCUGUUGAAUGCCAUUCGUUCUGAGCCCAUUUCUUGAUGUAAUUAUGUAAUACAUAAUACAGUCUUAUGUA